AUGGCCACUCCCAAUGGAACGUACAACAACCCACUGUCAUUUAUCCUGCUGGGAAUUCCUGGCCUGGAGUCCCUGCAGCACUGGAUCGGGAUCCCCUUUUGCGGCAUGUUCACUGUGGCUGUCCUAGGGAACUGCACUGUACUGAUCGUCAUCAAGAGAAACCCAGAACUCCACCAGCCCAUGUAUCUCCUCCUGGCCAUGCUGGCCCUCAAUGACCUAGGCAUCUGCCCAACCAUUGUCCCCAAAACAUUGGGCAUCUUCUGGUUCAACCUCAGGGAGAUCCAGUUCAACUCCUGCCUAGCCCAGAUGUUCUUUGUCCACGUCCUGGCAGCAUUUGAAACUGGGAUCCUGGUGGCCAUGGCUCUGGACCGCUAUGUGGCCAUCUGCCACCCCCUGAGAUACUCCAGUAUCCUAACCCCCAACGUCCUCCUGGGGAUGGGGCUUCUGGUGGUGCUGAGGGGUGUGUUCAUGAUUUUGCCCUUCCUUUUGCUCAUUAAGGCGAGAGUGAACUCCUUCCGCUCCACGGUGGUCCCCCACACUUACUGUGAGCACAUGGCCGUGCUGAAGCUGGCCACCGACGACACCAGGGUCAACAGAAUCUAUGGUCUGGCUGUGGUGUUCAUCAUCUUCUGGUUCGACAGCUCGUUCAUCACCACCUCUUACACUCUGAUCUUCAAGGCUGUCUUCCGGCUGCCAGGGAAGGAGGCCCGCCUCAAAGCAUUCAACACCUGCACGGCCCACAUCAUCAUCAUCAUGCUCACUUACACGCUGGCCCUCUUCUCCUUCCUGGGGCACAGGUACGGCCACCACCUCACUCCCUACGUCCACAUUCUCCUGGCCAACUUCUACCUUCUGGUGCCCACCGUGGUCAAUCCCAUCAUCUAUGGAGCCAAGACCAAGGAGAUCCGGGUUCGGGUUAUCACCAUGUUCUCCCUCCGAGGGACUCUAUCCAAGAUGUGA